AAGGAGGAGGAGGAGAAGGAGGGGGGGAGCAAAUUAAAAGUUGCCAAAUGGAGAUAUUGGGUUUCAAGAGGAGUGAGACAAGAGUAAAGGGUUUGCCUCUCGGAGUCGUCUUUAUGUAAUGCUAAUCGGGAUAAAUAUUUAUGGCACGACUCGGUUUAGUCCUUUCGCAUUUUCGACGGAUUCUAACCGACGUUUUCAAAAUAGGCGUCGACGACAUCACGGUUAGCUAACCAGAACAGGCCGAUGUUUAUGGUUAAAAUGUUUAGGAUCGUCCAGGCUGGGGAUCUUCGUGAAGAGAACAGGGACUGUGACAAAAAUCCCCCGGCUGAAGCGCGUCGGUUCGGUAUAUGGGGACAAAUGUGACGUUUUUCAUGCUGGCAGAUGAGCCGCAGACGACAAAUGAAAGCCUCCCCAGCAGAGAAAGAAAGAGCACGUCAGCGACGACCAGUCACAGGCUGGACCACGGGCGUUUUAUGCUGCUUGAAUGCGAUUAUCAUUCUGUCAAUUCAGUCUAUUUUUGGAAAUAAAACUUGCAGGCUGUACAUUAGCUGGCUUUCUAAACCAAUGGCGAUUCCACAAAGCCCUAGUGGCAGGGCUACAGUGGCUACUAACUCGGCUUGCGGCGAAGGGUGCAGGCUAUGGUGGAAGUCGGAAACAUUUAAGCUGUAGUUCUAACAAAAUGUUCAAACUUCUCUAAUUAUUUUGAUAAAAGGCAGCGAUACAACCGCAAAUUCGGACCUUUUGACACACUACAGAGGCUUGCUUUUGUUAGGGUAUAUGUUUGACUUUAAAAAAAAUGUAACGUUACUUAUGUCACUAAACAGUCUGUUACUUAUAUUAAAUGCUCGUGUAAACGGUAAUAUUUUCAUGUCGGAGUUAAAAGGAGUGGUGUUUACUUAUUUUAUAUAUACACAAUAUUUGGAGCGUUUAGUGAAAUAAAAUAAACAAUUUGGUUUGCAUGUAUUUUUGUUUAGAAAGACCGACGUUCCUCUCACAUUUUACAAUGAAAAGACAAAUGAGCCGCACUGUAGGAGUCUCUCCACACUUUCGACAAAACGUCGUGUAUUUGCCAUGGAUAUUUCAGAAAACUUAAUUUACUAUAUAAUUUAAUUUGUUUUAGCCGUGGUUCUCGGUGUUUAAAUCUGCAGGAAAUCUAGACAGCCCAUAUUUCAGAGCAGCCCUGUUAUUCUUUGUUCCCCUUGAACCAAAUAUGGAGGCUGAACGCGGCUCAGCUGUAAAGACAGCCUGUGGCAUGGUAACGGCCAUUUUGUAGCAUUGCAGUUGUUACAUUUUGCACAGAAUCAGGAACACAAAACCACAAAUCAUCCUUGACUUUGAUAAAGUACAACAUAUUUUAUUUAAAGACAAUUUUAUUCAAAUACUGGAUUAAUGACUGCAGGGGGUUAUUUUCUGGUAUAUUUCUCCACACAUUGCUUAUUACAUUAAAACAGAAUGUGGUAGAUAUCCAAACACUCACUGAUCAUUUCUCUGCUGGGUCAAAUUAGUAGGCUAUUCAUUUUCAUCCCACUAUACUGGUAAAACCAAGAUAACUGCAUACUUGUGUUGGCUGACAAAACAUAAAGCCAACACCUCUUUCAGUCUACAGACUCAACCAUUCAAGCCCAGCCUGUUUCAGAAAACAAAGGGUGUUAAAUGACUGAAUUCAUGCUUCCUGCUGGAAAUCUGUGUCAUGGAUGAUGAGGACGAUCGCCGUCUUCUGGAUAUUUUACGAGAUGUGGAUGCACUAAAUGAUUAUCUCCAUGGCAGCAAUAGCAAGUCUAUUGAGGAGGAUGAUGUGACAAAUGCAGCUUAUGGGCCAGAUGGAUCCUUCUUUAUUAGUGACACGGCCAGCUCCAACAUUGACCUCAAGGAUGGCUCUUCUUCAAUGGGUGAAUUUGGCGAGGAUUCAGCUGGGGCAGGCCUCCAGCUCUCUAGUAGCCUUUCAUUCAUCGAGGAUGAAUUGGAGACUGGGAGCUCUCCUGGAGGUGGGGAUCUUGGGGGAGAGGACCAGCCCUUUGACAUCCUCCAGAAAUCUCUCUUGGAGGCUGACAUAACGGAGCAGAUCCUGGCCCAGGAGGCCUUCCUGGACUGCCAGCCAGCUCCUACUCCAGUGCAGGCUCCUGUUCCCUUCCCUUCCCAGGUGGUCUCUGGGGGUUAUGGAGGGGGAGUGGUUACCACAUCGACAGGUGCGUUCCCAACUAGCCAGUUCCUGCAAGGAGUGUCCCAGCUGCCCAAUGGCUCUGCUCAGCAAAUCCAGGUGUUGGGCUCAUUUGGGGCGGGUGGUGGGGUGAUGACUCUGAGCAACUUAGAAAGAACUCCUCAGAUUGUGCUGAGGCCGGGGGCACCAGUAGCUGCAGCAGGGACCACAACAGGAGGGCAGGUCUUUGCUCCUACCCAAGGUCAAGUAGGCCAAGUGGGCCUACCUUUCAAAAACAUUCCCCUUCAAAACUUCAUUAUCCAGAGAGGCCUGGGAGGGACCCAGACUCUUGUCAGACCUAUCCAGCCUAAAACCCUUCAAGGUGGGGCUCAGACUGUCUACAGCCUUGGUCUUCAGUCCUCUCCCACCACCACAGCUAAUGUAGGCACUGCUAACACUGCUACCCCUGGGGGAGAGUACACAGCCAAUGGCUCCAUAGUAGUGCAGGCACCCCUGGAGCAACAGCAGAUGCAAGGACAGACGAAUAUACCACCUGGACAGUUCUUGCUGCCCAGCUCUUUGGCACUCACUUCAGCCACCACCAUCCACAAUGGCCCUGCUGACCCCAACUCAAAUGCCCUGACUACCACUCAGAAUGUGGUGCAGAUUGUUGCGGGGCAGAACUUCACUGCACCACCAGGGAAUCAGCUAAUUUUGAAUCAAGGAAUAGUCAGUGGAAGUCAGGUUGGGGGGGCUAUAACCCAAACAUGGACAGGAGUGUCUUGUGCGAGUUCUGCUCCUGUGCAGACAUCGUGCGCUCCUGGGCGGCUGACUCUGGUCGGCCCAGCAACAGCAGGACUCAGUCAAGUGUCGGCUAGCCCCGUGCAGCGCCUUCUAGUGACUCAAACUCAGAACUGCACUUCUCUGUCCCCUUUACCUGGUAUAGUGACACAGGAGCAAGAUUACAGACAGAAUUCAUCAUCACUUGCCCUCAAACAGGCACAGCUCAGCAGCAUUCAUGCCAUGAAAACCACAACACAAGAUUCAACACUAAACUCUCAGGUCAGUGCACAGAAGAGGCCUGCCCUUUCUCCACUUACAAGAGGAGGAAUGAUUUUACAACAGUUGAGGAAGGAUCAUGCUGGAGUCCAGACCCCAGAUAGACGUCAAUUCACUUCAGUCAACAAUGCGCUGCAAAGACUCCUCCCUUAUCAUGUGUUCCACGGGACUCCACCCAGCCAGGACGAGUUCUCACAGGUGGAUGAAGAAUUUGAGGUAGCUGCAACUCAGGUGCUGAAGAGGACCCAGGCCAUGGUCAAUAAAUACAGGCGACUUUUAAUGGUGGAAGCAGAGCGUCCCAGUCCGUCGUCAGAAAUGGUGAUGAUUGACAGGACCUUCAACCAAGAGGAGCGCAGCAACCUGACACAAGACAAGCGCAUGGUACUAGUAGAUCCAGAUAGCUUCUUGGAGGACUUCUGUUGUGGAAUGAAAUCCAAACUUUUCCAAGACCCCACUCCCUGUCAGUCCAGCUCAAGUUGGAAUCAGGCAGACAGAGGCUCUAUAGAGCCACCAUGCAAGACAGACUCCCACCCUGGGAAUGCAGACCCAGGAGGGUUUGAGCUUGUAGGUGCAGUAGAUAGACUCCACCCUCCACACUUAAAAAAUCAGAGCAUCCUGGAACUGAAGAGUUCCCAGCAACGCUACGGGCCCAACAGCGCCAACAGCAACAGCAUCACCUCUGGUAACAGUUAUCCUCAAGGUAACCUUUCACCUUUCACAGCAACGUCGGGAGGACAGAAGCACUACCAAGAGUCUCAACAUCUGUCCUCCCAUUUGAUCCGGCCCCAGUACCCUGCUCGGCUCACUUCGCCCCCUCACCCUGACACAGACUCUGCUCUAGAGGCGGCAGUCAACAGCAUCUUGGAAUGUUAAAACUGAUGGUCAUCAUCAUCCCCAAUAUAUGGGUUUAACUUCCUUUGCCUGCUUUUUUUUUUUUUUUUUUUUUCUUUU